UGCUUUGCUCACUUCCUUCCUUAUAAAACUCCCCCUCACAGUGGGAACACCAAGACGUUUUCUUUUUAUCGGUUGAUAAGCUAAGGAAAGGCUAAAAGAAUAAUCUUGCUUUUUUGAUCGCUCCUUUUGUUUCUUUCUUGAUAAUUGUUGUUAUGGUCAUUGUUUAUUAUCGGUCUUGCAUCUGCUUUAUGGUUUUUGUUUGCUUUGGAGGGACCAAUAACAGCGACCCUCAGAGGACCUGAGAGAGCGAUCCAAUAUAAGCCUCCUUUUAGUACGCCGCAGUCCACACCAGCACUUGCACACUCUUGAUAUUCUCCGUUUGUAGCUGCGAGCGAAGAGGCGCUAAGUUCUUGGUCAAGUCCAGCAGUUUCUGGCUCUCCAGCAAUCAAGUCAAAGUGGGAGUUCAGUAAGCAAAUUGUUUCGGGGCGCUAGAUUCUUGAAGGAUGCUGUGAAACAGUUCCAGUGAGAAAAUGAGAACAAAUGGUUUGCUGAAGCGUGACCAAAGUGUUUAGUGAGAUAGUAGCUGUCUCCUCAUUCUCUUCCAAACAGAUAUCUGAACAAAUAACUUACUUGAUCGCCAGUAUGAACUCGCCUUUAGCCCAGCUUGUCAACCCAAGAAAGAUGGUCAUUUACGAGCCAUUUGACCAGUUCACCAUGUGGGGAGACACCUUCAAAGGUGACAAGGUCAAAAAUCUCGAAGCAUCGUCAUCUAUGAGUGUGCAUGCAGUAGAUGAUGGAUUAGACAAGAAGUUUGAAUAUGUUUCUCAUGAAUCGGCGGAAAAUUCCAGUUCCAGAAGCGAUCAGGAGGCAAAUAGACCUGACAAGGUACAGAGACGUCUGGCACAGAACCGUGAAGCUGCUCGAAAAAGUCGUCUUCGGAAAAAGAAAUAUGUACAACAACUAGAAUCAAGCCGCUUGAAGCUAGCACAGUUGGAGCUGGAACUCGGGAGAGCUAGGCAGCAAGGGGUGUUCUUGGGAAAUUCAUACGAUGCUAAUCAUUUCGGAUUCUCCCAAACAGUCAACUCGGGAAUUGCCACAUUCGAGAUGGAAUAUGGGCACUGGGUCGAAGAGCAACGUAAAAAGAGUUGUGAACUUAGGAUUGCGCUGCAAGGCCAAGUAGGUGACGUCGAGCUUCUAUUCCUGGUAGAGAGCGGCUUGAAACACUAUUACGAUCUUUUCCGCAUGAAAGCAGAAGCUGCCAAGGCCGACAUAUUCUUUUUGAUGUCCGGCGCAUGGAGGACAUCGGCAGAGCGGUUUUUCCUUUGGAUUGGAGGAUUUCGUCCGUCGGAGCUGCUAAAUGUUCUACUGCCGCAAAUCGAUCUUUUGACCGAACAACAGAUGCUGCAAGUGUGCAACCUCCGACAUUUGUCCCAGCAAGCCGAAGAGGCUCUAUCUAAAGGACUGGAAAAACUUCAGCAGAAUUUAGUUCAGGAAGUCGCCGAUAAUCAACUAGGCACAGGGCAUUACGCCUCCGAGGUGGCUGCUGCUAUGGAGAAAUUGGGAGCAUUGGAGGACUUUGUGAACCAGGCAGAUCAUCUCCGGCAGCAGACCAUGCAGCAAAUGUCUCGCAUUCUAACCACCCGCCAAGCGGCCCGCGCAUUGCUUGCCCUCGGAGAAUUUUGUCACCGUCUUCGUGCACUGAGCUCUCUGUGGGCUGCCCGUCCUCACGAACCUGCCUAAGGCAAUCAACACCAGAACAGCCGCACCAGGAAAAGUAGGCCUUCGUAGCUGGAAAAGACUCACUGGCAAGCAGGCCGGAACUAAAACUUGCUGCUGUCGUUCUAUAGACUCCAACGGAUGUGCCUGCAGUUAUCAAGGACUCCCAAGUUCUGAUCAUUGUGAAUAUAGAGAUAAGCCGCUCGCGCGAUUAAUAUCUAGGCACGUUAGUUCUUCCGCAGUGCGUGACGUUAUUGUAUAUAUAGUACACGUCUUUCCAGCGACACUUGCAUUGCAGGCUUCAUUUGAAUGAAGUUUGCAGCAUGAUUCGGCUUGCGUAAAUUUCUGUUAAGUUGGAAAGUAGAUGCCGAGGGUUGUGGUAUUUGAAGGAGGGAAACUCUCAAUCAUUAUAUUGAGUACAACUUUAUUAUGGGAGAGUAAAUUUAAAUUUGAGUUUGAA